UUUCCGUCCACUCCGGACCCUUCUCCCAGGCUCCCGGUAUUCGGCCACCACUCCAACCAUGGAGCCGAUGGAGCUACCUUUUUCGGCCGAGCCCGACUUCGCCGUAUCUCCCUUCUCCAUCAGCAGCAAUUGGUUACCGGCCGUCGACUCCGACUGGUUUACCUCCGAUGACUUCAACAGCAUGUUCGAGUCGACGAUCGGCGGCUGCGGUCCGCAGCCUGCACAUGGAACUGCACCGGCAUGCGUUGAAUCAGAGAGAGCGGCGACGUCCGACGUCUCCGCCUGCACGGUGGAGCCGCCGGCGAGCGAAAUGGACUGCAAGGGGUUGAGGUCGGUGCACUUGUUAAUGGCAGCUGCGGAGGAAAUGGCCGGAGGGGAGAAGGAAGGGGAAGACCUAGCGUGGGUGAUACUGAUGCGGCUCAGGGAGUUGGUGUCGCCUGGUGAAGGGACCAACAUCGAGAGACUGGCGGGCCACUUCACUCAAGGACUCCAUAACGUCCUGGAGGGCUCGGCCAGUCCGAGACCGGGUUCCAGCCCACCAGCGUCCCCUUUUGAAUUCCUAGCCGCGUUCCAGCUUUUACAGCAGAUGUCUCCCUACAUCAAGUUCGGCCACUUCCUGGCAAACCAGGCGAUCAUCGAAGCCGUCCGUUUCGAACGCGGCGUCCACAUUAUCGACUACGAUAUCAUGGAGGGUUCCCAGUGGCCGCCGCUCAUGCAGGCACUGGUUCACCGGGAAGGCGGUCCUCCCCAGCGCCUGCGCAUCACGGCAAUCACGCGGCCCAAUGACCGCCGAAGGCCUUUCGUCUCCACCGGCGACACCGGCCGCCGGCUGGCCUCCUUUGCGGCAUCCGUCGGUCAGCCGUUCUCGUUCCACCAGUGCCGGCUGGACCAGGAGGAGCGCUUGAGACCAGGCUCGGUCAAACUAUUCAAGGGAGAAGUUCUUCUGGUCAACUGCAUGCUGCAUUUGCCGCACUCAACCAACCACUCGCCGGCGUCCGUCCAAUCACUCCUGAGCUCGGCGCACAAGUUUCACUCCAAGCCUAGGUUGGUGACCCUAGUGGAGGACGAACUGUUGGGGUCGACCUAUGGAGAAGGGCACCUUUUGGGUCGCUUCAUGGACUUGCUGCACAAUUACUCAGCCAUCUAUGACUCGUUGGAAGCGAGCUGCCCGAGCCAAGGCCGUCCCUGGGGCUUGGUCGAGAGUGCCUUGCUCGGUCCUAAGAUAGAGGGUUCGCUGGCUUGCCUCUUUGACAAGACUCAGGCGCAAGGUUCCAAGUGUUCCGAGUGGAUGAUGGAGUCCUUCUCCUUCCAGCCUCAGCCCAUAAGCACCUUCAACCAUUGCCAGGCCAAGCUGCUGCUUGGCUUGUUCAAUGACGGCUAUCGUGCGGUGGUCUACGGAAACAAGGUCCUGCUUGAAUGGAAGGGCAGGCGCCUUCUUACCGCUUCUAUUUGGUCGCCUUCCACCUGAUUGAUAUAUAUAUAUAUAUAUAUAUAUACAUAUAUUACAAAAUAACACGAUAGGUAAAUGAUAUACUUGAGCAUGUGACAUUGUAUAUACGAUAUGUUGAAAUGCGCAUACUAAAAGCUGCAUAUACCAUGCACAGACAAAAGUACAGGGCAGCAAGAGUAGUCUUAUAUCGGGAUUACAUUGCUGAUGCAUAGUAUUGACGUGAAAUCUGUAAAUUGUAUUAUGUGAAAUAAUAUUUUGAUUUGUUUGUGGGC